AUGCAUUCAUUUGGCCAAAAUGCUGAUCCAAGGAAGAAAGAUGAAAAUAAGCCAAGUUGCAUUCAUCGUUUUCCUUCCAAAUCAAAUGUUGAACGUAUUACAAGAAAAGCAAAAAUUUGUAGGAAAGUUUUUUGGAUUUGGAAAGUAGCAAACUCAAUUAUUCAAAUUAAAGAUCAAUACAACAUAACUAUAAAAGAAAUUGGUGCCAAAUUAAUUGCUCUUGCUGAUGCAUUUGAUGAUAAAUUUUUUGGCGAUUUAAGUAUUUCAAAAAAAUAG